AUGGAGACCCUCGCCGCCCCGGCCCCACCCGCUGCCGAGACCCCCGCCGCCCCGGCCCCACCCGCAGCCGAGAUCCCCGCGGCCGUCCCCGACGGCGCCCAGGAGCCCGGCGUCCCUGGCUGGCGCCGGAGCCUGCGGGGCCUGCUGCCCCCCGACGUGGGGCGAGAGGCGGCGGAGCUCGUGGCGAUCGGGGGCCCCGUGUUCCUCGCGCAGCUGAUGACCUUUCUCAUCAGCAUCGUCAGCUCCAUCUUCUGCGGACACCUGGGCAGAGUCGAGCUGGAUGCUGUCACGCUCGCGGUCUCGGUUGUGAACAUUACGGGCAUUUCCGUUGGAACCGGCCUGGCCUCCGCUUGUGACACGCUGAUGUCUCAGUCCUUCGGAGGCAAGAACCUGAGGCGCGUGGGGAUCAUCCUGCAGAGAGGCACCCUCAUCCUGCUGCUCUGCUGCCUCCCCUGCUGGGCCGUCUUCAUCAACACCGAGAGCCUCCUCCUGCUGCUCAGGCAGGACCCUGAGGUGUCCAGGAUGGCCCAGGCUUACGUGAUGAUCUUGAUCCCUGCUCUUCCUGCAACAUUCCUGUUCCAGCUGCAGGCAAGAUAUUUACAAAGUCAGGGCAUCCUGAUGCCUCAAGUCGUCACUGGGGUGGCAGCGAAUGUCCUCAAUGUGGGCAUGAACGCCCUCCUGCUCUACGCCCUGGACCUGGGAGUGGUGGGCUCAGCGUGGGCAAACACCGCCUCCCAGUUCUUCCUGUCUGCACUUCUCUUCCUGUACAUGUGGUGGAAGAAAGUCCAUGUCGACACCUGGGGAGGCUGGACCAUGGACUGCUUCCAGGAGUGGGGCCUCUACAUCCGGCUGGCGGUCCCCAGCAUGUUCAUGCUGUGCAUCGAGUGGUGGACCUUCGAGAUCGGAACCUUCCUGGCAGGACUGGUGAGCGUGACAGAGCUCGGGGCCCAGGCGGUCAUUUAUGAACUGGCUUCUGCAGCCUACAUGGUGCCCCUUGGCCUUGGCACGGCUGCCAGUGUGCGCGUGGGCAACGCCCUGGGGGCCGGGGAGGCUAAGCAGGCGCGGCGGGCCUGCGUCACCGCCCUCCUGUGUGCAGGGGCCUGUGCGCUUGUCGUGGGCGCGCUGCUCGCUGCCCUGAAGGACGUGGCUGCCUGCGUGUUUACCAGCGACAGAGGCAUCGUUUCCCUGGUGAGCCGCGUGAUGCCUAUUUUUGGUCCCUUCCAUCUGUUCGACGCCCUCGCGGGCACCUCUGGCGGAGUGCUGAGGGGCACGGGCCAUCAGAAGAUGGGCGCCUGCCUGAACGCCGUUGGCUAUUACCUUCUCGGUUUUCCGCUGGGAGUCUCUCUGAUGUUUGCUGCUCAGCAAGGGAUCGUAGGUCUCUGGUCCGGACUGUUGGUCUGCGUCUUCUUUCAAGCCCUUUUGUACCUGCUGUGGAUCUGGAGGAUAAACUGGAACAGCGUCGCAGAGCAGGCGCAGGUUCGAGCCGGGUUGAAGACGAUUAAAGAGGCUGCCCCAUCUGCCCCGACAGGUCCACGCGUCCUAGAAAAAGAGGAGUCCGCUGUGGUGAUUCUCUCUGACGUCGUCCGACCAGAGACACAGGCCACGCAGCUGGCGGCGGUGGAAGACCGCGGCCAGGACGCGGCGGGCACCAUCGGGGAGGUCUUGUCGGGGAGGCAGCUGGUCGUCUAUCGCGGGAUGGCUGUGGCUUCGGCUGUUGCUGUUUUAGCAGCAGGAGUUGUAGUGAGAGUUCUCAGUCACCGCCGCUGACGCUGAUCGCCGCCGGCCCACGAGCCAGAAGUGACGACUGUGCCCGGCGUGAGCACGGGACGCGGCCGUGCCCCCGGACAGUGGUGUCGCUCUCGGCGGGGGGGAAGGGGGGCGCAGACGUUCUGUUCGUUAUUCCGAGAACCCGCGCUCUCACUGAAGAGCAAGGAACGAGUUACAAUUUGAAGUGAGCUUUUCAAACAUUAAAUCUGUCGUGGUU